CUGGUAUUAAGCUGAUAACACGUAGCGUGGGAUUUUGUUUCGAUAUCUACUACUUCUGGUGAAUGAUGUCGGAAAGUAUAACCAGCAUGUUUUUCAAAUCGUGGGAAUUCAUUCAAGAUUUGAUUAAAUCUGAUUCGUUUGGUUACACAACCAUCAUAAUAUCCUUAUUAGUUUCCAGGAUGUUGCUGACUUCGGAGUUCGUGGCAUUUACAGCUCUUUGGGGUCUAUUGUAUCUCUGCUUGAACAUCUACUGGGCAAUGAACUACUGGAAGAUUAGAGGAGUCAAACACUUUAAACCAUGGCCAAUAGUUGGGAAUAUGGCAAGAGUUUUGAAAUUAGAAUAUCACCUCGCUUAUUAUUACGAUGAGAUUUACAACGCAUUUCCAGGAGAAAGAAUGGUUGGUAUGUACGAGUUUAUGACGCCGUCUUUGGUGCUAAGGGAUACUGAAUUGAUCGAACAAGUUUUAGUAAAAGAUUUUUCUACUUAUCCAGACCAUGGUCCAUUUUUGAUGGAGCCAAAGAGUAUACUUUUUGAAAGCGUGUUUGCAAUGUCAGGCAUCAGAUGGAGAGCUAUCAGAAACAGGUUAUUGACCACGUUUACGACAGGUAAAAUGAGAGUCAUAUUUCCACAAAUAUUAGCACCAUGCCAAUCGUUUGUGAAAGGCAAACCGAAGUGUUUGAAUGUUGAAAUCAUCAAUGAAUUAGCCGUUAAGAUAUUCAUGACGGCCAUGUUUGGAAUUAACAUCCUCCCCACUGGUGAAGAGGAGUUGAUGAUAAACUGCAAAAGGAUUUUUGAACCUAAAGCUACCAGAAUUCUUCAAUUAAUAUUCUUAACUUAUUUUCCAAAAUUAUCUAAUGUUUUAAAUCUGAAAUUCAUGCCGAGAGAUUUAGACGACUACUUCAGAUCCCUCAUGAACACUAUACUUGACCAAAGAGAAAAUAUCGACUUUGAGAGAAAUGAUUACACAAAGGUGCUCGUUGAAAUGAGAAAACAGGAGAAGAUGAAUAUUUAUAACAUGAGAAACGAUAAAGUAUCACAGACAUUUGACAUGACUAAUGAAAUUGCUUUAUCCCAGGCUUUUAUGUUUUUCUUUGCUGGAUUAGACACAGUAUCAUUGCUAAUUCUUCACUUAGCAUUUGAAUUCUCUAAGUCGAAGUAUUGUCAAGAUAAAGCCCGUCAAGAAGUGAGAAGUGUUUUGAAAAAAUUUAAUGGCUACUCUUGGGAAGCUGUGAGAGAAAUGAAAUACUUGGAGCAGUGCAUAUUAGAAACACUAAGACUUCAUCCAUCACUUCAAUUCCUUGUUAGGAUAACUGACAAGGAUACAGAACUUGGAGGAGUUAAAAUUAAGAAAAAUACAAGAAUCGUAAUUCCAAUACACAGUAUACAGAUGGAUCCGAAGAACUUCACUGAUCCAAAUAAGUUUGACCCUGAAAGAUUUAAUGUAGAAAAUCAACAAAAUAAAUUUGCACAUCUCCCAUUUUCUGAUGGCCCACGAGUUUGUCUUGGUAAUCAUUUAAAAUAUAUUAGCAUCAAAAAUACAUAAACUUAAUUUAAAUACUAAUAAAUAACAAGAAAAUAAAUUUUAAUGGAAAAAAUGUUCUAUAAUUAAUAUAAAAAUAUUAAAGAAAUAAAAUAAGGAAAUUUACUGAUAGAUGGUAAAUAUACUAAACAACAGAUUUUUGCACAAAAAGCUACUCUUAAGUUAAGACCAAGGUUACAUGUUGUUAAGUAAAAAAAAAAAAAACAUAAUUUCAAACUGACUCUAAUAAUAGAAUAAAAUUGUGGUUGAAAUAUGAUUAAUAUUUUUGAACAAAAAAUUUUCAGGAAAACGCUUUGCGAUUAUGGAAACAGCUACGUUCUUUGCACACAUUCUUGAUAAUUACGAACUAUCUCUUAGUCCUCAAACUAGACUACCACUCCAGUAUGAGCCAAAAACUCUAUUUCAUACUCCAAAGGUACAAACUUCAAUUCAUGUAACAUUAAAUGAAAUACGAAAAUAGAAUUUGUAUUGAAUAAUUUAAGUAAAAUUUUCAAAAUUAAUAAAGUUAAUAUAAAAUAACUUCUAUCAUAUAAACAACCAUUCAAUGUGAAAAGAAUGUAUUUCAACCUUUCAUUACAAUUUUUUAUGAAUUAACUAAAUUGUAGACUAGCUAAUACUAUUUUUUAAUUAGUUCUAAUUUGAUAAGAUUAAUUCUUAAAGUAGUUGUAAAAAAAUAAAUUUGACAAUUUUAGUAUUUUUAAAUAUAUCAUUUCAUCAGUUAAUGGCCUGCAUAGUUCAAUUUUAUGUUUUCCAAGUCAAUUUAAUUUCCUAGCUUAUAGAUGUUAGCAAAACUAAAGAGAUAAAUUUUAAAAAGCAAAAGUACCUAGUUUAAUAUAAUUUUGUUUUACAGUUGGUAUCAUGAAACUUCUUCCAAAUCAAAAUAUAUAGGAUAUUUAGGUUCUAACACUACUGACUGAGGAAGAACUUCAACUGGAAGCUUUGUUUCAGGAUUUAUACUUAAUCUGUAUUUCAUCAGCAUUCUAGCAACUCCAAAUUUAACUUGAAGAAGAGCAAACCUCAUAGCUAU